ACGCAGAAUCCAGAAUCUUCCGGAAGGUCUAUCAGCUCGUUGCAAAAUAGUUGCGUCAGAGACUCGCGCAUUUCCAACAAGGAAGGUGAACCUCGGACGUUUCUCUCGGUCACUACAGAGUAGAAGGAAAUUGCAAACAUGUUGGUGGCAAGGCUGACAUGCCUGAAGAGUCUCCCGUUAGUCGGGCUCCGUCCUGUGCUGUCACAGGGCUCAUCGGCCCUGAGAGCGCCCACCCUGAAGGCCUGCCCACCCCUCCUCAGGUCACAGCAGGGUUAUGCCUCAAAGGCCAGAUUUGGAUUCCGCCGAGCAAAAACCAGCAGGGAGCAGCUGAAGGAAGCAGCUUUUGAACCAGCAACUGACACAGCCAUCAAAAGUGAUUGUGUGAUGGGUGCUGUCAUCGCUCCACUAACUCUGAGAAAUCAAUCUGUUAGCAGGAACCCGGCGCUGAUGGGUCUGAUGAUGAGGGGGUCCUGGAUGGCAAUCGGAGCAACUUUUGCAGCAAUGAUUGGAGCAGGGAUGCUGGUUCGAUCCAUCUCAUACGAGCACAGCCCGAUACCCAAACAUCUGGCUUGGAUGCUGCAUGCAGGUUUGCUACAUGACAUAAUGUGUUUUGUUGCUGCUGUGAAGUUCCUCAACAUGGGAGGUCCGCUUGCUGUCGGCUUUGGAGUGGUAUUCGCCUCCUCUCUUGGUUCUAUGUUUCUGCCACCCACCUCAGCAUUUGGAGCAGGCCUGUAUUCUGUCGCUGUCUACGGAGGCCUUGUUCUCUUCAGCAUGUUCCUCCUUUACGACACACAGAAGGUCAUUAAGAGAGCGGAGACACACCCACUUUAUGCUGCACAGAAAUAUGACCCCAUAAAUGCGUGAGUAAUUUCUGUUGUUUAUCUUUCUUUUUUUUCUUUUUUUUUUUUUUUUCUGCAAGGCUGGUGAUGAUCCUGGCUGGCGGCGGUGGCGGCAAACGGAAGUAGACAUCCGCUGGAGUUUUACUUUUCUUUCCACAGAACUAAACAAAGUUUCCAGUCAUCAUACAAGUGUUAUCCUUUAAAUACAAAUCUUAUGGGGCUGGUAGAUGAUAACAAAGGCUCUGGAAAAAUUUUGAAGAUAGGGAUGGGAUUCUGAGCUGCAUGGUGAUACUUCAAAUCAAGAAGACAAAUUUAUGUAUUUUGAUUACAAC